AACUGACAAAUAUUUGGAGGCGAACUGGUACAUGGGGCGAACAUGUCAAACUGGGGACGAACUGACCGGGGCCAAAACGUCAUGGAUUCAUGUUUGGAAUAGUGUUUAUUAUAUCAGCAGUGUUCCAAUCGGCUUUAUUUUCAUUCGACAUUACUAUAAACAUAUUUAUGUACAGGUAAGUGAUAUUUGUACUGUUGUCAGUUUUAAAGUAUGGUCCUUCCAAUGAAGUCAAACCUUAGGAUUUCGAAAAUACAAUACUCUAGUUAUUUUUGUUGUGGUUGUCAUGUUAACAAAACUGUUCAAGAACAGCUAAAUUCAAAGUUAAUUAGUAAAUGAAGAAUAAAUAAUGAAUGGACAUCUGUCUACAAAAUCCCCCUCUAGGUAGCACCUUAAAUUUAUUUUAUUACUAGUGACCAAUAUCUACAGAACACCUGAUCAUUGGUCAUGAAGAACAUUCUGGAACACAAUCAACAUGUAACGUCAUGUUAGAGUGCAGCCAUGCUACAAAUUACGCACGCACACACAUCGUUUUAAAUUAUUUAUUUUUAAGUCACUGCAACAAAACGUCACUGUAAACAUUUUUUUUUUUUUUUUUUUUUUUUUGGCCGCAUAUUUGUCGUAACUUAAAAUCUAAAAAUAUAAUAACAGACCAGGUUCACCACCGAUUGAUACAUCAAAGAAAACUCGGGGAUUCCCUUCUUCUGCCAUUCCGAUUUCUCAAACGAGGCUUAUUAUAAGGGAAGUGACGUAUGCGGAUAUUAUAAAAGUGUGAUCAUAAAACGCAAAGUCAUUUUUAUUCAGCACGUCAAGAGUUCUAAACGUCAUGGAGUUUCCUGAUCUUGGAAAUCAUUGUUUCAAUUCAAGUUGUAAGAAAUUGGAUUUUCUUCCAAUGAAAUGUGAUGCUUGUGCCAACAUAUUUUGUCGAGAUCACAUCCAGUAUGCCACUCACAAUUGUCCAGAGUCUUACAAGAAGGACAACCAGGUGCCUGUAUGCCCACUGUGCAAUGUUCCAGUUUCGGUGAAGAAAGGCGAUCUACCUGAUGUCAUUGUGGGACGUCACAUUGACAAUGACUGUCAGUCAGACACUGCCAAACAAAGACGCAAAGUUUAUACAAAUAAGUGUUCAUUUAAAAGCUGCAAGCAGAAAGAGCUUGUUCCCGUCAAAUGUGAUAAGUGCCACAAGAACUUCUGUCUACGACACAGGCAUGAACUAGACCAUAACUGCCAAGGAUAUGAAAAUACUGGGCAGGGGAUUUCAAAUGCAGGAGCUGCUGCAGUGUCCCGGUCAAAAACAUCUGGUCUGUUUGGAAUGUUCCAGUCUAAACCUCAACAAACACCUCUUUCCAGUGUCGGCAGAGAUCUUGAUAGGGAACGUAGGGAAAGACAAGUUCAGCAUCGCACUGCUUUUUCCUCUACUCAGUCUGUGCAGGCUGGAAUGUCUGAAGAUGAAGCCUUUGCCCGAGCUCUUCAACUUUCCAUGGCAGAAAGCCAGUCUCAACAAACACCAACCAGUCAGCCGCAGAAAAAUCUAACAGAACAGGAGAAGGAAGACAUGUUGUUAGCUCAGGCUCUAGCUGCCAGUGAGGAGGAGGCUGUCCGGGAACGCAGACGAAGGGAACAAAGUCAGCGACAGAAAUCAACAUGCCAUCUAUCUUGACAGACAUUCCCACUUGCCUUUUAUGUGUUAUCUUAAGUAUUUCGAAUGUGCAUUUCUGUACAUUGUUGUUCAGUUCUAAUCUUGUCUUUCAAAGAGGACUUUCACAUCCAGGAUAUGUAAUAUUCUGAUAAGUAUGAAGAAAUCAUACUGUUAUUAUAACAAUGUUAUAUAGUAAAUAUAGCACUAUUUUAUUGUGAGAUGCUCUCAGUAUAUACAGUGUAUUGAUAAUAUGUAUUAUUAUUAUUAUAGUGGGGGGAUUUUUUUUUAAUGAUUCUGUUUAAAAAAAAAGUGCAAUAUAGCUGUUACUAAUAAUCCAUUUUGCUAAGAAGUUAAGAACUGAGAGUUAACUUCACACCAUCAUGUUUCGAAUCUUGGAGACUCAAAUAAAAUAUUGCAUUCUUCAGUUCAUGAUAUUCAUAACAUGAUGCUAGGCAGUUAUAAAUAGUGAACAGAAACAUGUGGAUUAAACAUAAUACGGAAUUUAAGAUGGUCAAUAUAUAUUGUUGGCAUUUAGCAAACUAUAAAGUUAGGUUUCUUCGACAACACCACUAGAGGACAUUGCUUUAUUAAUCAUCAGCUGUUGGUGAACUAUGUACCAAAUUGAAUUUUAUCAUUCAGAGGUAUCUUCGUUUAAUACUUUAGCACAUUUUAAAUUAUGCUGUAACAGGCCCCCGGAAAAUUGCACUUUCAAUGGUGAAAGUCUCAUGUUUCAUUUGCAUAUACUGUUUAAGAUAUGAUUUACAUGGUCGUAAGAAGUUUAUGCAAAAUAAAAUGGGCUACCUUAUUAUUAUUAUUAUUAUUUUGGUGUAAUCCAUUUUAAAUGUCUGAGGCUUGUAUAAUUGUCUAAGAUAGAGAAUUUUUGACACUGUUGGGAGACUGAAAGAUGAAAUCACUUGUCAUCACAUUGACUGCUCUACUGAUCAGAAACAAGGAAGCUUUUAUAUGCACCACACAACAGAUAGCAUAUAAUGUAGCUUUUGAUUAGAUAGCAUAUAAUGUAGCUUUUGAUAUAUAAUGUUCAAAAUAAGUAGGGAAUAUUCAAAUAUAACACAAUAUAAUUUGAGAUGUAUUAAUUUUUAUUGCAAUAAUAAUUAAUGGUACAACACAAGCACCCAUGUGAGAAGGGAUUGACAUUAAAUAUUAUAGCCAGGAUAGUGAUGUAGGCCUGGAGGAGACAAAGAUAGACAAAGGGGGCAGGACGUAGCCCAGUGGUAAGGCUCUCAUUCGAUGUGGGAUUGAUCCCAGUCGGUGGGCCCAUUGGGCUAUUUCUCGUUCCAGCCAGUUCACCACGACUGGUAUAUUAAAGGCCAUGGUAUGUACUACCCUGUGUGGAAUGGUGCAUAUAAAAGAUCCCUUGCUGCUAAUCGAAAAGAGUAACCCAUGAAGUGGUGACUGCGGGCUUCCUCUCUCAAUAUCUGUGUAGUGCUCUUUUUGACAGUAACAGAAAAACAUGAUUUUGUCAUAUACAUGUAUUUGGUCAAAAUCUACAAUUUACGGUUGUUAAUGAAUCUGUAACUUUCUGAUGACAUUAUUCUAUAUUUUGAUGAGAUUUGAUGUGUGUUUGUAUACUGUUAGUUUAGAAGCAUAAAACAUAUAUCACGAGGCUGUGAAGAGAAGUACCUCAAAGUGUGUAAGAAAAUUUAAACAUUAAAUCAUUGGGCCGAAUUUACAAAGCCCGUUUUAGACUUACACACGUUUUAACUACAUACAUUUAUUAUGCUUAAACACCUGCAUGUAAGACAAUCAGGCUUUGUACUUUCAGGCCCAAUAUGUUUAGUCUGAAACUUGUGACUUGUUUCUCAGACCCAGUAUGCAUGAACAGAAGAUGACUAUAAUUCUAUCCGUGUUUGAUGUCCAUUUGCCAGUGAAAUGUAAAAAAUUCGAACCUAAAUGUUAAUGUUAUUCACUUAUUUUUUUCAUGUUUAGGUUAACCUAACUUGUGCUCAUCUAUCAUGACUUCCAACAUACAUGAUUUAAGACUGAAAUGCUCAAGAAUGACUCGUAACAAAAAUAAAAUGUUAUCUAAUUUAACCAAAUCAGUUAAGAGUGAUUAUAUUUUUUGUGACAUUUUAAACUCUUUAUCAUGUUGAUGUAUAGGCAUUUGUGAUGUUUUUAAAUGUUUGUUACUUCAUAUCUCUUCCAUGUAAAAACAUAUUUGAAACAUUUCUAAUGUUAAUGAUUUCUACUAAUUAACAAGAUUAUGUUUUGUCUGCUGGUAAGAUAAUAUAAUCAAAUUAUUUCUGAGAAGCUGUACAUUAUAAUUUAUCUGAUUACCUAUCUUGAUGUUUACAUUCAUGUUUAUUGGUCAAUGGAUGAAAAGAUGAUAUAAAAAGGCACUUGCUAUUACACAUUGCUUUUUAAAAGUCAAUUUGUUUUAUGUCUACAGUUCUAUUUUCCCUGCAUUUUAAGACCUUUCAAUUAUUUUUUAUUAUACAUGUGUGUGAGCGUGUCAAAAUUUUAUGCAUUCAAUGAAAAAAAUAUUAUGUAUGCAUGGGUAUUUAUGUACUCAUUGCUUCCUCUGGAUUUACAAGCUAGGAAUGACAGCCAUUACAAGUGUUUGCAUUGAAUUCCACAAUAGCAGCCAUUACGAGUGUUUGCAUUGAAUUCCACAAUAGCAGCCAUUACGAGUGUUUGCAUUGAAUUCCACAAUCUGAUGGCUCAAAUAAUGAGAAAACAGAUUCCAUUACUUACAUAUCUGUAGUUAGAUGGGUGGAGUUAAAAUCCAGUUUAAUUUUAUUAUUAUUUUAUUGUCAAAUGUGUAGCUUUGCAUUUUAAAAGCAUCCUAUUCUACCUUUUUACUUUGAAAAUGUUAUGGGUAAGUUUUAUCAAGAUGUUAGUCAGUUUUAGCAUUUUAUUUUCAAAGUACAUGUAAUAUAUUUAUUCAUUGUAUUCAUUUGUCAUUAAACCUGUCUUAAAGCCGCACACCCUAUUUCCAUCCAGCGAAAAUAAAUUAUAAUUUGGUUAAUCUACAAACCUGUAACACACUUAGAUCACGUUUUUAUCAAAUGGAGUGAAAAAGCAGGUUUUAUAUCGAUA